AUGCACGCUUCAACCUCCAUCAUCGCUCUUUCCCUUCUUUCUCUCUCUAGCGCUCUGCCCCAACGCAACAGAAAUGGCAACGGAGGCGGCCAGCAACGCGCCACAGCACAGCAGAAAGCCGCUCAAGUGCCGCAAGGUCUGAGCCAAGCUCAAGAUGGAAGUGUGAUCAUGGAUGACACAGUGAUGAUCAACGGCCUUCCGAUCCGUUUCAAGAUCUCUGCGCCGGCAGACCAAUUUCUCACCACAUCUGGGGUCCCCGGUGCCGCUGCAACUUCGGCGAACGGCACUCUCGGCGCCAAUGUCCUCCUGCACGGUGAUGGUGGACAGUCUUUCUUCGACAUGCCCAACCAGAACGUGCAAGCCAACACCAUGGGUGUUGCGCUGCUUGCACCCGAUAAGAACCUAUUCUGGGGUGGUGGCAGUGGCCUCGACAGGACGGACGGCGUUGCGCAUUCCCAAGCCGUCAAUGACUUCAUCCAGAACGAGCUACCUGCCAGAGUCGCGGUGAACAUGAGCAAUGUCGUGUUCACUGGAGUAUCUGGCGGAUCGCUGAUGCUGAGUGGCUUUUUCAUCCCGGCGCAAAUGCAGAACUUUGCAAACAGCGCUGUCGAGCUGAACUGUGGCGGUAUGCCGCCCCAAGUCGCAUUUGUGGACCAAGCCACCGUCAUGUCGCAAACACGCAUCCACUUCCAGAGCACACAGAAUGAAUUGACGUUGUUGCAAGGCUCCAUCCCACAAGCCGUUGUAGCGUACGAACAAGCAGCUGCCCAAGGGGGAAUGAGUGCAGCACAGGUCAACGCACUCCAGACUGUUGACAACACACCGGUUGGAGGGCACUGCGCAUUCGAUGGAAAAGACUUUGUUAGCGGUGUGCAGGUCAUGAGUUCCAGCUAUGCGAGUGUCAUGCAGGGUGGAAACGGGGCCGUGCAGGGCAUUGGAGCGCCCAGUGCCGGUGUCGUUACAACUGGUGUCGUCGGCAACGAGAAGCUGCAAUUCGCGGCGGGUGCGAGGAAGCGUGAGGCGAGCAUUGCGCCCAUGGUGAAUAUGAAGUGGGCGAGGCAGUUGGAGGUCAUUGAGACUGGCGAUGUGGAGUUGGUGGCAUGCGAUCGUACGUCGUGCUAA